AUGGUUCGGAAAAGUAAAAAUACGCGAGGAUGUUUUGCUGAAUUGAGAUGUGGUGAUCGAUCAGAAAAUCUUUCCAUUGCUGUUCAAGGUCUACCUGGUUUAAUGGGACCACAAGGACCCACAGGUUUGCCUGGACCGAUGGGUUUACGAGGUCUUACCGGACCACCUGGACGUGAUGGGUUUGUUGAACGUCCUCCUUCUUUUUAUGGUGAAUUGCGACGUUUAUUCACGACGAAAAAUGCAGAUAGUGUACUGCGGCCGUGGACAGUCAGUGAAACAACGAAUGCACCGGAUGUAUCGACAUAUUUCUCUCGAGAAACGGGAAUAUUCACUGCGCCAAUUGAUGGUCUCUAUCAAUUUUAUCUGACAAUAUCUGUUUCAAAAGCUAAGGCGUCAGUUUAUAUUUCUCAAAACGGAAAACGUGCAUGUACUGUUUGGGUUGAGUCUGUCGCUUCGGUACAAAACGAAACCUUAGCUUGGGGUUGGGCAAGUGGUUCGAUUGAUUGUCUUCUACGCUGUCAAACGGGUGAUCGAAUAUCACCUGUUGCAUCGUAUCGCCCAAAUGAAAAUUUCAAUUCACAAGUCUAUGGUUACUCGUACUCAACGUUUUCUGGUUAUAUGUUAUUCAAUAGUUAG